AUGUCUCUUUGCCUUUCCAGCGGUCCAAGGAGAUCGUGCUCCCGGCCCACAACAAGCUCUGUCAGGCUCUCUAGUGCAGGGUCAGGCUUUGGGACUGGAAAUGCAUCUGGAGUAUCUGGCAUCGGCAGUGGCUUUUCUUGUGCUUUUGGGGGCAGUUCCACUGGAGGCAUCACUUCCUGCGCUAGCUUCAUUGGGAGCGAAGGAGGGCUCCUUUCUGGCAAUGAGAAGGUGACCAUGCAGAACCUUAAUGACCGCCUGGCUUCUUAUCUGGAUAAUGUGCGAGCUCUGGAAGAGGCAAAUGCUGAGCUUGAGGAGAAGAUCAAGGGGUGGUAUGAGAAAUUUGGUCCUGGAUCUUGCCGGGGUCUCGAUCAUGACUAUAGCAGAUAUUUACCAAUAAUUGAAGAUCUUAAGAAUCAGAUCAUUGCUUCGACCACCAGCAAUGCCAGUGCUGUCCUGCAGAUCGAUAAUGCCAGGCUCACGGCUGAUGACUUCAGACUGAAGUAUGAAAGCGAACUGGCUUUACACCAAAAUGUUGAAGCUGAUGUUAAUGGACUGAGAAGAGUCCUGGAUGAGCUGACCCUGUGCAGAACUGACCUGGAGAUUCAGUAUGAAACUCUGAAUGAGGAGCUGACUUACCUCAAGAAAAACCAUAAGGAGGAGAUGCAAGCCCUCCAGUGCGCUGCGGGAGGAAACGUGAACGUGGAGAUGAACGCUGCCCCAGGCGUGGAUCUGACCCUUCUGUUGAACAACAUGAGAGCUGAGUACGAGGACCUGGCUGAGCAGAACCGCAGGGAUGCUGAAGCCUGGUUCAAUGAAAAGAGUGCGUCCCUGCAGCAGCAGAUCUCGGAGGACGUUGGCGCCACGACAUCCGCCAGGAGUGAACUGACUGAAAUGAAACGCACCCUUCAAACCUUAGAAAUUGAGCUGCAGUCGCUCUUAGCCACGAAACACUCACUUGAAUGCUCUCUGACUGAGACGGAAGGGAACUACUGUGUGCAGCUCUCACAAAUCCAAGCCCAGAUUGGAGCCCUGGAGGAGCAACUACAACAGGUCAGGACUGAGACUGAGGGCCAGAAGCUGGAGUACGAUCAGCUCCUACAUAUCAAGGUGUCCCUGGAGAAGGAGAUUGAUACCUACUGCCUCCUGAUCGAUGGAGAUGAAGGAACUUGCAAAUCUGGAGGUCACAAGUCUAAAGAUUAUGGAUCUGGAAGCCAAGCUAAAGAGCCAGGAAAAGCCAUUGUAGUGAAAAAGGUGCUUGAAGAAAUUGACCAGCGAAGCAAAGUUCUCACUACCAGGCUCCAGUCUCUGGAAGAGAAGACCCCAAGCAAUUAA